UGACCAUUGGAGAAACUAUCUAAAAACAAACGAAUGUCAUCAGAGGUGCAUUCUGGGUAACAAAGCAAAACUCGACAAAAUGUCUCGAAGAUAUGAUUCAAGAACCACAAUAUUUUCGCCAGAAGGGCGAUUAUACCAGGUGGAGUAUGCAAUGGAAGCGAUUGGCCACGCCGGGACAUCUCUAGGUAUCUUGGCUUCAGACGGUGUCCUGCUAGCUGCUGAGAGACGCAACACACACAAACUCCUUGAUGAGGUGGUCUUCUCUGACAAGAUCUAUAAACUUUACGAUAACAUGGCAUGCAGUGUGUCUGGCAUAACAUCAGAUGCGAAUGUUCUCACCAAUGAACUCAGACUCAUAGCACAGAGGUAUUUACUGCAGUACCAAGAACCCAUGCCCUGUGAGCAGCUUGUCAGCACACUAUGUGACAUCAAACAGUUCUACACACAAUCAGGAGGCAAGAGGCCAUUUGGUGUGUCCAUCCUGUACAUGGGAUGGGAUAAACAUUAUGGGUUCCAGCUUUACCAAAGUGAUCCGAGUGGAAACUAUGGUGGAUGGAAGGCAACAUGCAUCGGGAACAACAGUGCGUCGGCAGUAUCAAUGCUGAAACAGGAAUACAAGCAGGACGAGACAACAUUAAAAGAAGCUCUGCAGUUGGCCAUUAAGACUCUGAGUAAGACACUGGAUAUGACCAAAGUCACACCCGAGAAAAUUGAAAUAGCUACGCUAACAAGGGAAGGCAACAAGACUAGGAUCCGCAUUCUACCCGUGAAUGAGCUUCAAGUCCUCAUCAAGGAACACGAAGAAAGAGAGGCUAAAGUUGAAGCAGAAAAGAAGAAAGAAAAAGACAAAUCUUCAUAAAGAUAUUUUGUAUUCCUCCUGUACUUGACCUGCUAAACAAUAAAAUAGAACACUGGACGCAAUUUUCUUUACGGAAGCGGACAACAAAUUUCAGUCGGGAGGUUUGAAUAAAAACAUCUGAAGAAGCUGUUAACUUUAAAGGUUCUCUCAUUGCAUUGAGUUGGAAAGAGAAGGAAAAUAGUUUAAAUUCAACUACACUUUUCUAAAUUAUCCACUCGUAUUAUAUCUUUUUGUUACUGUUCUAAAAAACGCAGUUCAAAUCUUGGCUUAUAAAUUGAUUUUCCAAUUGUAGUGAAUGGCAUUAUUUCCUUUGUUCAAGUU